GCGGCCCUGUGUUGCCUUCCUCUCCCAGCCGCAGCAGCCCGCACCCCGUUGCGGCGCCUCCACCACAACUAGGGUUUGGCACCAACCUCCUCCUCAUCCUCUUCGCUUGCAAUUCCGAUCAGAUUAGGCCCGCAAGUUCGCUCCUGAUCAGGGGUUUCGUGUGCGUCAGAUCCCGGUUGCUGCCGAGUUGGGGCCGGUGGAGCGGUGCCAAAGAAGGAGGCGGCGCGAUGAGGUUGGAGAAGUGCUGGUUCUGCUCUUCCACCAUCUACCCCGGCCACGGCAUCCAGUUCGUCCGCAACGAUGCCAAGAUCUUUCGCUUUUGCCGAUCAAAGUGUCAUAAAAAUUUCAAAAUGAAGAGGAAUCCUCGUAAGGUUAAGUGGACAAAAGCGUAUAGGCGCUUGCAUGGCAAGGACAUGACCCAGGAUACAACCUUUGAGUUUGAGAGGAAGAGGAACAGGCCUGAGCGCUAUGACCGGAAUAUAACGGAACAAACUCUGAAGGCCAUCCCACUUAUUACAAAGAUUAGGCAUGAUCGUCUGAGGAAGCAUAUUACAGACAGACAAAAACCUGGUAAAACCCAGGAGCUGAAGACAGAUGCUAAGGAGUUGGAGCAGGAUAUUGGCAUUCUUCCGAAUAAACUACUUAAGGAGGCUUCAACUGAGAAAACAAAGAUCAAGGUCAAAGUUAUCAAGCAGCAGACAAAAGAUAAUAUUAUGGAAGAGUAGUCGGAUGGCACUGUGUUGCUUGUAUGUUUAUGCAGCUAUUUUGUCUCAUGAGGUUGUUUUGCUAUCAUGUAGCCGAUGAAAGAUGUUUAAGAAUAUUUUUGUGGGAGUAUAGCAAGUUUUUCAUAUA